UAACUUUACAUGUGCAAUAUUUUUCUCCAACCCUCGUCAAAUUUUUUCAAUCCCUUGGCACAAAAUCUAAAGCAACCCAACCCCUUUUCGUAUUCAGACACAGCAUGACUAUUCCUGCAACUUCUGUUCCCAAAGUGAAGAGUCCAGUCCUCAUCGCCGGAGCAACUGGUUUUAUAGGUCAUUUUGUAGCUGAUGCCUGCUUAGCCUCCGGUAGACCGACCUAUGUUCUUGUCCGCUCCACUCCUACUUGCCCUUCUAAGGCUAAAGUUCUCAGGUCUCUUGAGGAGAAGGGAGCCAAAGUCUUGCACGGAUUGAUUAAUCAAAAGGAAAAGAUGGAGAAGAUACUUAAAGAGCAUAAGAUUGAAAUAGUAAUAUCAGCUGUAGGUGGUGAGAAAAUAUUGGAUCAGCUUCCUCUUGUCGAAGCUAUUAAAGCUGUGGGCACUGUUAAGAGAUUUUUGCCAUCGGAAUUUGGGCACGACGUGAACAGGACAGAGCCGGUGGAGCCUGGUCUCCGAAUGUACAUUGAGAAGCGCAAGGUUAGAGACUUGAUUGAAGAGUACGGUAUACCUUUCACCUACAUUUGUUGCAAUUCUAUUGCUUCAUGGCCCUACUUUGACAAUACUCACCCCUCAGAGGUUCAUCCACCGCUCGAUAAGUUCCAAAUCUACGGUGAUGGCAAUGUUAAAGCAUAUUUCGUUGCUGGGACAGACAUUGGGAAAUUUACAAUGAAAAUUGUGGAUGAUGUUCGGACUCUGAACAAGUCAGUUCAUUUCCGACCACCCUGCAAUUUUUACAACAUAAACGAGCUUGCAGCUUUAUGGGAAAAGAAAAUUGGAAGGACCCUCCCUCGAUCUACAAUCACUGAAGAAGAUCUGCUUGCUGCAGCUGCAGAGAAUCGCAUACCAGAAAGUGUUGUUGCAUCAUUCACCCACGAUAUUUUCAUCAAGGGUUGCCAAAUAAAUUUUUCAAUUGAUGGUCCUAAUGAUGUUGAAGUGUGCUCUCUGUAUCCUGAUGAGGCUUUUCGUACCUUGGAUGAUUGCUUUGAAGAGUUUUUUCUUAGAUUAAAUGAGAAGCAUGUGAGUAGCAGGGAUGAAAAUGCUCCUCCAAAUCCUGUGGUUGAGCCAUUGAUAGUAACAGCAACCUGUGCCGAGCCUAAAAGUACUACAGUAAAUUGCCGAGCAUAGUUCUUGGGAGUUUGGGAUGAGAAGGCAGCAAAUAAGUUGUCGAAACUGUUUGAAUUAUCUGAGAAGUUAGAUCUGUUUGCUUUGAUUCAACUGGAUUGUCAAUGGUUUAUAAGGAAAAAGAGGUUUAUGUAUUUGUUAUUUGGCAUGGCAGAGAAAAUUGAUGAUCUUCAAAUGAUCUUAGGAUCUAAGAUUAAAUAAAUCGUACCCAGUAGCAUUGUAGCCAAAUUAGUUGUGUUGUUCAAAUCGUGGGAAAUCGGGUGUUUCAAGUCGGAAUUAUCUCCCUGUUAAAUAAUUGGUUAGAUUUCAGUGAGAAUUAAAAAGAUGUGCAUAUCAAAUUCAAUGAGGUUUCUACAUGUAUUAAAUCAAUGAUGGCAAUUUAAGAAUAAUGUAAUAUUUAUUUAUUAAUAAAAAUAGUAAUUUUUCUUUUCCGUUAA